UUCGCAAGACCACCGUAACAGUGGAUGCAUUUUUUUGUGUGAUGUGAAUUUUUUUUUUGGUUUCCCAAACUACCUACUAGACGUGUGUCCGCUGCCUCCUCUUGAAAACUGCGACGUUUGUUCUUGCAGCACCAGUGAGCAGAAUGUCAGGGAGCGGAUCGUCAUCAUCUGCUGAAAUUUUGCCUAAUAAACUGAGAUCAACAUUAAAAGGAGAAAAAAAAAACAGUUGAUUGCCAAUUUGUUGAAACCAUAAAAAUGGGUGUUUGCCGUGUGUGCUGAAUGUUAGGCUCGAAUUCUCCUCUGACAGUGUUGCUCCGAAGAACGGCCUUGUAGUUUACCUUUACUUUCAAAAUACGUCGUACAAACUAGAAGUUGAAGAACAGCAGAAUAUAAACCUUAUAAAAUAGCUCUUGCUAUGGCCGACAGCGCUGGAGCUUGGGGCUUGUCAGACUCCGAUGGUGGUGACAUACCAGGGGAAGGAAGUUCUACGGGACGUACGUUUAGGCCAGACAGUAUACGAGACAUUUUGGAUACCGCAAUUCAAUCGAGCAUCGAUGCAACUGAGGUCUCAGAUUUGGACCCGGAUGCACCUCUGUUUGCCACAUCUAGUGACUACAUACCCCCGCUUUUGCUGCCUCGGGUGCGUAACACCAGUUACUACGACUCGCUGCCAUACUUCCCCCCAUCAGCUCAUCUAGAAUCAGCCCGCACCAGUUACGGUUUGUUUGGACCAACGCAGUUUGGGUAUUUUCCUUCGCACCACCAUCAUCACCAUCAUCAUCACAACCACCCGUCGCAAGGAGGAUCACCAAGUCGCUACUCACCUUCGUAUCAUUCAUCUGCUCCGUCUGGUUCUCGCUCGUCUGGAUCUCCAUCACUGGGCAUACGUCAACCGGUUAACGUAGAAUCUGGCCCGAGGUCAUCGGAUGGAACCAAUUCGGCCAUACGGCCACGCAAUUAUUCACGGCCGCCUCGAUCUUCUGAAGAGUCUGGUUCCAACUGGGUUAACUAUAACUUCCAUCAUCACUCUAACGGAGGCAAUGGGAAUGGUCAUGGAGGAUUUAAUCGCAAACGUCAUCAUAAUUGCGACAUGUGCAACCGACCAAAGAAACCCGUUCAAGGUGAGGGGCCUUACAUGGACCACAGACCAAUUAAAAGAGAACCGCCACCUUUGAGUAGACACUCUCGUAAUCAAAUCAAAACCGAACCGGAUGUAACGCAAGAGUCAAGAUGUAAUCGCGAGUACCAUUCUCCAGUUGCACCAAUAAAAAAAGAGGAAAAAGCAACCCCUCCGCCGAAGGCACGGCAAGCUGAACCUUCCAGAGAAAAAGCAGCCACUCCUCGGGAGCCAACAGUGAAACAGGAAAGCCCCUGUUCACGUGGUUUCUGCUUUCCUGCAUCAGGCGAGGAUCAAAAACCUUCGAAAAACUGCUGCGGCAAUUGCCACAAUCAACAAUCCGCUGUCAAAUCGGAACCAACAAAUAGUGACCUAUCUACGGAAGAGCUUCCACACGUCAAGAAAGAGUUAGUAAGCGUGAAAGAAGAAAAAGAAAAGCAAGCGCCAAUAGCGGAGGCUGCUCAUGUGCCUACGGAGGAACCUAUGCCAGGCCCUAGUGGCUUGAACAGACAUUUGCAGGAACUGCAGGACGGGGACAACGAAAGUUGCUUCCGAAAGCGAGGAAACCGUCACGCACGACGCUAUUCUCGUUAUUUCUACGAUGACGACAAUUAUGAUAGUGAUGAUAGCAGCGAAAUCGACACAGAAGAAGAAGAUGCUAAUCUGCCAAAUGAUCCGAACAGUACGGACAACAAUGAAGAUUGCGAUCUCAGUGGCUUGGCCAACGUUGAGGUAGAUCCAAUCAAUACCACAGACAUAAUAAAAGAAACCGAAGCAGAUAACCAGAACUCGAACCAAAAUGAUGCAAACUGCCAGAACCUGCUGGUGAUUAAUUCUAGCUCUAGUAGCGUGGAUGAAGUCGCCAACACUAGUGAAGAGGUUCCAUCUGUCCAGCGGAAAAAACUGCCAAAUCGCUCAGACGAACAGCUACAGAAUGAAGAGGGUUCUCAAGAGGACCACCAACAGAAAAGUGAUGUACUGUCAGCUCCCGACCUGCAGUUAGACUGGGUCACGGAUACCAGCAGUAUUAGCGAUGAAAGCGAUGUCGUGCUAAUUGAUCAACCGCCAGAUGAUGGCCGCGAACCGAUCGAUCUGACUAACUCAGACGAAGAGCCCGAAAGGAGCUAUCGUAAUCGUGAUCACAGCCAAAGCAUGGAUUUUUUCCCGUCAUUGUACGAUAUGCCACACUUUCCACCCAACGUUGGACCGUCACCUUGUCCGGCAGGUGGAAGCAGUCGGAACCCAGGAUUUACCCAUUGUCCUGCUUCCGGUGCGGGAGCCCGUAAUUCUUCAAUGUUCAGAAUGAGUGACUACACCUCACCGAUGCAUCCGCACGUGCAACAGGGUUUACAACGACCGAUUCGUUCACAGCGAUAUUUCCGUUCAUUUCUUCCCAGCAAUCCGUCGCCCAAUUCCAGCCGACGGAUGAACAGCUGGAACUCAGGUAACCGAACACAAAGACAGGAUCCCAGCAUGAUGCGGCCAACCCCUCUGCAGUUGACAACUUUCUCAAUGAUACCUCCAGCUGCCGAAAUGCACCGACCUAUGCCAGGUAACGACGAGGUAGCUCCCGGUGCAGCUGGAGGAAGCGGUAGCAAUAACAGUAACAACAACAGCAACAGUAAUGCCGGAGCGGUUAUAGAUAACACUUGUAGUGGAAGCUUUAGUAGAAACAAUCCGUUUGUAUCUUGGCAUGAUCCUGCUGGUACCUCAAACAGUGGCAUUGGACAAGCAAAUAGUAGUCCUACCGCUAACACCAGUAAUCGGCACGGUUUUCAUCAUGGUGGAGCUAAUCUGAGUGCCCCCGUUACUGAUGUCGGUCACGAACGGUUUCUCAAUACACACGGAAUAGUUGAGACCCCAAUUGAUUACUCCAACAGACUGGGGCCCAAUGCAGCGGAAUACGAUGGCGCAAACAACCGCAACAUGCGAUAUAAUAAUGAAGCUAAUCUACCUAGUUAUGAGUCCGGUCGGCAAGCUCCAGCUCCCCCUAAUCCAGGUGGUGAACCUCGUGGUUAUCGCAACUACGGUUAUUCUAAUCGAAGUCGUUAUUUGCACUCUGGAGGAGUUCGGCCUCCAUAUGCGGUCCACGAAAACCUCUGGCAUAGACAGCACAAUAUGCAAGAACUACAUCGGCGCACGAUGAUGUUUGGAGACGUUCUAAAUGACUACAGCGACCGCGUGUCCCCGCAUCAUAGUACCCUACGAUCCAGAAAUAAUCUGAUCAAUUCAUCAUACAAUACCAUGCCUGGUUCCAGCCAAGCUCAUGCUGGGGCUGUCGGGCAUGGCAACCGCGGAGAGCUAUUUGAUGACGGUACCAACUAUUGGUCGGAGCGCAACUAUAAUAAUCAUUCUUCGAAUCAUAGUUAUCAGCAAGAUCUGCGCGUUUUCAAUCAUAGGCCGAGACGCGUUUCUUAUCACACCACCGUAUAUCCGCCAUUAAGACGGAAUGACCAUCAGCACGUACACCAUCAUAUGUAUCAUCAUUUCCAGCCACAGGCAAUGUUAAACAACGCACCACAGGUGCAUUUUAGCAUUGGGCUGCGUCCAAGUUUAUUGUCCAGCCUGAACCGCUUUGUUCGUGUGAUUGAAGAUACCUGUUCGAACCGAGGUGCUACACAGGAAAUGAUCGAGCACAACACGUUUCCCCACAAGUAUAAACGUCUACGCCGCGCCAGUGAAACGGACGAGGACAGCGAAAAGUGCACAAUUUGUCUGUCUCAGUUUGAGAUUGAUAACGACGUGAGACGUCUUCCGUGCAUGCAUUUAUUCCACAAGGACUGCGUUGACCAGUGGUUGGUUACAAACAAACACUGUCCCAUUUGUCGUGUCGACAUAGAGGUUCAUCUAACCAAAGACUACAACAUAUGACAGACGGAUGAGGAACAGAGCCGAGGGCAGCCGCAACGAGCGCACAUCGAGUUGAUUGGCAUUGAUCUGGAUCGUCAGCGGCGUCCUCAGCCUAAUUCUAGCAGUCGAGAAGACUAUCAAGAGGGGACUGGUGCCAAUCCUAGCGGGGAUCACUACCGCUCCGCCGGUGGAAGCGGUAUGGUUUUAUUUUUUCCGCUAAAUUGAAUUUUGUUAUCGUCGUAUGAUAAUGAUGUGGGCGAGGGAUAGCAAAAUGCGUGCAUUUUCUUAGCCCGGGUAAUGAAACUAGACUUGUCAAUGUGCAUUCUGCUAGGAUGUAGAUCUGUGGUGAAAUUUUUUAUGAUUUUUUUUGUCUUAAUGUUUAUUGGGAAAAAGCUAAUUUGAAUAUGUUGGUUCGUGUCAAAUGAAGGAACUCCUCAAAAACGAUAUAUUGAUUUAUUUUGUAUUUUUAAGUAUUAGAAUUAUUUUUGGAGUAGCGAUCAGUCAAUACUAACAAUAUACAGCAUGCUUUAAAACCUGUUAUAAAUAAUCAAGAUAUAUGGAACGCUGCGAAUAAAUUUUUUCUCGUUAUAAAAUACUA